AUAAAAAAAACUCAGCUGUUUCCUAUUGACAUUAAAAGCGUUUGCCGUCGCUGCAUGGGUGUCACUGAGCACAUGCAGCGAUACAGCUUUAAGUGAACGGAUUGAACCCUGCGCUGAGCUGAGUGAUCCUCCAGCAGACUGUGGUUUGCUCUGACGCUGGAGGGUUGGUCCACGGAGGCAUUAAACGCAGCUCGAGUGGGAGUGGGCGAGCCGGGAUAGGCUGGGAGUUUGGUUGGAGCCGUCAGCGGGUCGGGAUAAGGCACAGGAAAGGAGGGCGGAAAAAAAAAAAAAAAAAAAAAAAACGAGGUACCCGACCGAGCGGUAACUUCUGGCUUAAUGUUGGCACAGACUGUUUGACGUCGCUUGUCGUGCGUCGCGGAUCGCAGCGGCGCGGAUGACAAAGGAGCGUCGCGUUGCAAACUUUUUUCUUUUUAUUCGACCGGGUGUGAUCGCUCGUUAAAAAAAAAAAACCCAACGGUGGGAUUCUGCUUUUCUUCUUUUUUAAACCGGAGCCACAAAGAAGAGGACGUCAUGCCACGGCGCACCGUGCAAGAAGUAACCGUGCAAGAUGUCCAGAAGAGAAGGAAUCCAAACAAACACUACGUUUACAUCAUCAAAGUGUCCUGGAGCGAUGGCAGUACAGAAGUCAUUUACAGACGCUACAGCAAGUUCUUUGACUUGCAGAUGGAAUUGCUGGACAAAUUCCCGGUGGAAGGAGGGCAGAAGGACCCGAAGCGUAGGAUCAUUCCAUUCCUGCCAGGGAAGAUUCUGUUCCGGAGGAGUCACAUCAGAGACGUGGCGAUGAAAAGGUUAAGGCCGAUCAACGAGUACUGCAGGGCCCUCAUUCAGCUGCCAGUCUACAUCUCCCAGUGUGAGGAGGUCAGAGUGUUCUUCGAGACCAGACCCGAAGACCUCAACCCACCAAAGGAGGAGCCCAUUGGAAAGAAGAAGUCUGGGUUUGCAGAGAGAGCGACUACUUUCCUAAAGCGAGGCGACUCUUCCUCAGCGGAUCCUCUGCUCCUCGAUCAGUACGUGGCAGUGACAGACUAUGAGAAGCAGGAGAGCUCUGAGAUCAGUCUUCACGUGGGUCAGGUGGUGGAGGUCAUUGAGAAAAACGAGUCUGGGUGGUGGUUCGUGAGCUCAGAAGAUGCCCAGGGCUGGGUCCCUGCCACCUGCCUGGAGGCGCAGGACGACCCAGAUGACUUCACUAUUCCAGGGGAAGAAGUCCCUCGGAGGUUCUGGUCACUGCCAAGGCACGUGGGUCGUCGCAGAACUUUAGGGGAUCUUUUCAGCACAGGCUUUGGGCAAGAGGAGAAGUAUUCAGUGAUUUACCCGUACUCUGCCAGAGACCAGGAUGAGAUCGACCUGGAGAGAGGCAUGGUGGUCGAGAUUAUUCAGAAGAAUCUGGAAGGCUGGUGGAAGAUCAGGUACCAAGGUCGUGAGGGCUGGGCCCCCGCCUCCUACCUGAAGAAGACUGACCUCCAGAGUCAGAAGCAGUCAGCCGGAGCCGCCAGUACAAACGACAUAGACGGCUUUUCCAAACAAAACCAGCAAAACAAUGCAGCCAGAGACAACGGGCAGAAAGAAAACAGGCUCUCACUUUUCUCUGAAAACACCAAAAAAGUGGGAUCAAGACACAGACCUCCACCACGCAGAGAUCUUACCAUCCCACGUGGUACAAACUUACCCAAGCCGCCCGUUCCUCCACAAGUUGAGGAAGAGUUCUACACCAUAGCCGACUUCCAGACCACCAUCCCUGAUGGGAUUAGCUUCCAAGCUGGAAUAAAAGUUGAGGUGAUUGAGAAGAAUGCGAGUGGUUGGUGGUACAUCCAGAUAGAUGAGAAAGAGGGCUGGGCCCCGGCCACAUUUAUUGACAAGUACAAGAAAACCAGCAACGCUCUGCGACCUAAUUUCCUUGCCCCACUGCCGAAUGAAAUGGAGAAGCUCAGGCUGGAGGAUGGUGGUUCUUCAGGGGCGGAUGACAGCUGGUCCAAGCCUCUUCCAGAUGAGCCAACCGAGUCCUCUGCUCGACCUAAGCUGAGAGAUUGGAAGUCCAGUAAGGGGGCCCCUGCCUUCUCUGGGCCCCUGCCCCCAGCCCCGUCUGCCCCUCCGGCUGAGGAGAAACCAGCUCUGCCACCUCGAAGGGAGUCCAUUAACAAGAGUUUUGAACUGGAGGUAGCGGAGAAACCAAGACCGGAUCAUUCCAAGCCUUUGCCUCCAAAACCCCCAGCUCCUGGGGUCAUCAUGCCGCUGGUUACACCCAAGGCCGCCCCCUUCAAACCGGACAAGCCCUCAGAAGCCAAGAAAGAGGAUAAGAACAAAGCUCUCCACCUUCGGAAUGAAAUGGGUCUCGAAUGUGGCCACAAGGUCUCUGCCAAAGAGGUGAAGAAGUUUAACCUGAAACCUGUUCCUAAACAGCCACCAAGGCCCAAGUCAGAGGUGGCAGAGGAGAAACCUGAGCCCCCGGGCCCUGCAGCCUUUAUGAAGGCCAAGCCAGUGGUCCGACCAAAACCCGUUCCAGCCGCCAAGCCGGACCCCCCAGCGGAAAACAAACUAGACAUCACCAACUUGAGAAGCAAGCUUAGACCAUCGUCAAAACCAGCAGACCUUGGCUCUGGGUCAGUGGAGGCGAACCAUCAGAAUGACGCCUCCGCAGCAGUGAAUAGCUCCCACCCGAGUUCACCCCCUAGCUCCCCCCCGAUCCACAUCCCUUCCCUUAAUAAUGGUAAGUACUCCGAAGAGCCAAAGCUGCCCCCAAAACACGUCAACGGCCAUAGCUCCUCACCCCCUGCAAAACCAGCCGUGCCUCCCCACAAGGAUGCCCCCCAGAGACCCCCGGCCAUGGCUCCACGGAGACCACCUCCUCCAAAGAAAACCGACCCAUCGAGCCCGACUGAACUCAAACCUCCACCUGCUCUAAAGGAAUCCCAGGACGCUCCUCCCAAGCUUCCACCACCACAGCUCAACAGACCCCCUCCCCCGAAACCUAAAGGGUUUGUUGCGUCACCACCGAACAAAGAGAAGGAAGAGUCCAAGGGGAACAAAGUCCCCGUCCCUCCCAAGCCCCAGUUAAAGAGCGAGAAGCCCGGGCCGCCCAAGGACAAGCUCCCGCCUUUAGUCAAGGAGCCCAGUAAGGACGAGCUGUAUCUGGCCGUGGCGGACUUUGAAGGCGAGGACCAAACAUCCAGCUUCAAGGUGGGUACGGUCUUUGAAGUACUGGAGAAAAACAGCAACGGCUGGUGGUUCUGUAAAAAUAUCGCCGCAGAAGUUGAGGGCUGGAUCCCCUCAAAUUACCUGAGCAAGAAACCUUAGGUAGAAAAUGUAUUUUCAAACAUCACCUGACGAAGAAAAGAAAAAAAAAAAGAACAAAAUAUCAGUAGUUUUUAGCUAGUCGGUGUUUUUUUUUAUUAUUUUAUUUAUACGUGUAGGUACCUUUUUUUUUUGUUGUUGAUUCAUUUUGAUAAUAUUCUACCAGCAAUAACACGUGACCUUGUUGGGUUUUGUGACAUUUUACUUUUUUCUUCCUAGAUAUUAUAUCAAAUCUAAGGUAAAAAAAAAAAAAAAUGCUUUUAUCGCCCUGUGCUAGUGACGGCGUCGGUGUUGCCAUAACUCAGGCUAGACACUAGAAUAAAUGUAUCCACACCUUUGCCUUUUAUGAUACCGUGCCUCUAAUAUUAUAUGCAAAGUGCUUCAGUGCUUCUUAAUAAACUGUAUGCAACUGUAGACAUAGUCCUCGUUGGAAUCUUGAAAUCAUUCGACUUAUGACUAGAUGUUCAGAUCCUGCCAGUAGACAAACAAACAACCUUAGAUUAAGACUGCACAUAAACUCACUGGGGGAGUUAAUUAUCUGGGCUUUCAAGUGCUAUUACAGAUGUAUCUUUGCCAAGUAGGAGUGCUGUUUGUUAUACGAGAAACAUGCACGUUAGUUUUUUUUUUUUUUCCUUCUUCUGCUAUUGCAACGCUUUUCUUCGUUGACUGCAUAAUUAUUGUUGCAGUGACUUGUAACAGACGUGCACUUUCAGUCAGUUCAGUUGGGGUGAGUUUCGGGUUUGCACACACUGAAAGAAGGGAAAGAAUGCCGCAGUGCAUUUUAGUUCCUCUAGCCAUACUUUUUAUUAUUGUUUUAUUUUUUUGGCCACAAUAUCAACCCAUGGUAAUGAGGCUAGAUGACCCAAACAAAAGAAGAAGAGGAGUUCUUUGUAUCUCACACCAAAAUAUGAGAUUUGUAAAAUGUGAAUCGACAGUUGAGGGAGAAAAGAAAAAAAAAAAAGAUGAAGAUCUACAGUGAUUUGUGCAAUGAUUUACAGUAUUGUGAGUGUAUAGUCAGUUCUUAACCGAGGUUUGGUGCUCAAACAACAACAAAGUAUGACCAUUGUAUAAAAAAAAAAUAAUGUUUUACAUGAAUGCUUGACUGGUCUCAAGCACGGUCAGUAUAGCAAAUUAUUUUUAUUGUACAGUAAUGAGACUCGUAUCUUAACUGUUGUCACUUUUCUGUCAUGGUCCGUCUAUUUUAGCUCUUUGCUUUAUCUCUGUGCUGAUCGGGGGGUGAAAGAGGAGGGACGUGUGUUGACUGAAAAGCAGGUCACUUGAGGGAGAUGCGUGAAUUUCACAUCAUGGUGAUUUAAAUAUGAGAUAAAAAUCCUCAUCCGUGGAGCUGGAUGAUAAUAAUUAGACAAGACUACAAGCUGUAACACUGAUUCUGUUCUGUUUCUAGUUGCUUUAAUGUUAACAGCGCCUUCCAGUUGUGUUUUAUACAGAGAAUCAAACUAAAAUGACAUAAUUCAGGUGUAUGUUAUGUGGAAAAGGGGGCAGGAAGGUACAGUCUGCAGUACAGUGCAAGGCAAAUGUAUGUGUUGAUGGUAUCAUUUCAGUAUUGUAUGCUAUUUACUUUCCUUUUUUUGCCAUGUAUUUUUUCAUUACAAUGAGUCUGCUUUUUGCUUUUAGUCAAUAAAAGUUUCCGAUUUUUCAA